GGAUAUUGUGGCCCUCCAGAACCUUCAAAGCCAUUUAAAAUGAGAGAAGGAGAGCAGGUGUACUUUAGAUUCAGUGGAAAUAUUUUUGCUUCAGAUGAUGGGAACACCUACGGAAAAAAUUACAGGCUUGCUUUUCACGCUCAGAGGAAGCCGAGACUCGCCCUUUGGAUCAAGGAAGUAGAUGAAUUUGGAAACUACAGUUCACCCCAUUAUAAAGGAACCGCCUUAUUUUACAAAGUGGCAAAAGACACUGUCCUUAACAACGUAGACCCUCUUCUGCUAGAAGACCAUGAACAUGAUUCCUUCCUGUGCAAAUUGGCACUAACUCUGCCGAAGAAGGAAAAACUGAUCAGCCGCCCUCAAAGCACAAAGAGAAUUUCAACAGAUAUAUCAGAGGUCAUGUGGGACAACCUGCUCUACUGGCUUUCGGAAGAGCUGUCAGAGGAGAACGCCAAUUCUCUUGCGCAAUACCUGCCUCUCCACCGAAGCACUCUUCAGUUUAUUAAACUCAAGUGUCCUGAGAAUCUGACCGAGCAGAUCUACGAGCUUCUGUGCUUCUGGAGACGGAGCCUUCCAAGGUCUGCCGACAAGCUCAAGCUUCUCUCUCGCUACCUCGGCAAAAUUGGCCGGAAUGAUCUGGCUCAACAUCUCCAAUUCAAGUGGACAAACCAAAGCGUCAUGAAGAAAAUUCACCGUUAGGGGUGCCGUUGUGGGGCUGGAUUGAAGUAAAAGGUCAUGUUCUCCAAAAGAAGAAGGUUAUCUUGAACGUUCUUCCUAAGUGGAUU